UCAUCCAGUGUUUUGUGCUUUCAAGUUCUGUUCCCAAUCUCAUUUAUUUGCUGUUGCUAGUCUUUUGUGUCUUGCUUUUGGUAUUUAGCUUUAUAUCCCAUCUAGUUCCCCCUGAACUAAUCUCAGCUGUGUCUCAACUCUGCACCCUCACAAACCAUCACACCAGCGGAGAGUGUGUGUGUUUGUGUGUCUUUUUAUAUAUUUCGCCUGCUUCUGUGUUUAGACUAUUUUGGAUUCCUGUUGUUCUCAGUUGAUUCUUUCACCUCUUGGACAUUUUAUGUUUUGUUUUGAACUCUAUUAAAGUUCCCAACCAGGAACUAUUUGCAUCUUAGGAGAACAUACAGAUGCUGAGUAUGGAGCUGCCAGGCAGGAGCAAAGAGCACAGAGAAAAUUCAGGCUGUAGUGAAGGAGGACAUGCACAUAAUCGGUGUGAGAGAAGAGGAUGCUGGGAAUAAAGUUUCUAUUUCUACGAAGCCAAGCAAAGAUGUGGAGCCUUCAAAACCUGCUGUUCACCAUCUGCAUUGCUCUGAGGUGGGUGACAAAUGCAGGAGGGGUGAUCCGUGUGAUGGGUUAUCUGGGGAAUCAGGUUAAAAUUUCCUGCCCCUAUGGUGAGGGUUAUGAGUCCUAUGAGAAGUACCUUUGUAAGAAUGACUGUGGUGACGAUGAUGUUCUUAUUACAACAUCAAACCCAAGAAAAACCAAAUACAUGAUCCAUGACGAUAAAAGGGCACGAAUCUUCACAACGACCGUCUUUAAUCUUCUUUCUACCGAUGGUGGGAAGUACUGGUGUGGAGUGACCAGAAAUGGAGCAGAUAUCUACACUGAAGUCGAGCUGAAAUUAGUGCAAGACAGCUGCUGUGAUACUGUGACCAAAAUCCAAAGUUAUGAGGGAUAUUCAGUAUCCAUCAGUUGUACGUAUGAGUCUGAGUACCAGAACAACCUAAAAUACAUCUGCAGAGGAAACCGGCCCUCCACAUGUCUGCAGCAGGCACUGGUCACCUCUGAGAAGAAACAAAAUGGACGAUUUCGACUUGAUGAUGGCAACAUAUUAAGAAUAUUCACAGUGACCACUGGCAGUCUGGUCCAAAGUGAUUCAGGGUCGUACCUUUGUGGUGUCCAAAGAAACUCUGACCUGGAUGUUUUCUCUGCUGUUCAGCUGGAAGUCCAAGAGUGGUGCUGUGUCACGUCAAAAAAAACAAGUGGCACUGCAGGACAUCCACUGACUUUGCAGUGUCCUUAUCCUCCACAACAUCGAAAUAACAGGAAGUUCCUCUGUAAGGGAGACCACCGCAACAACUGCAAUGACAUGGUGACGAGUCAAAGUAGAUUCACACUGAGAGAUGAUGUUUCUUCCAGCUCUUUCUCUGUGGUUAUCAGAGAGCUGGAAGCAGCUGAUGCUGGGACAUACUGGUGUGGGUCUGAUUCACAGUGGAGAGUUGGAAACUACGUCAAGAUCGAGCUGUCAGUCGUCCUUCCGAAGCACACCAGCACUGUACCUUCUACUGUAGAAACUCUUGGAAAAACUAUACCUUCUCCAGUAGAAACUCUCGGAAAAACUGUAUCUUCUCCAGUAAAAACUCUUGGGAAAACUCCAACACAAAUUCCUGAUGCAGCACUGUAUGCAGUUUACGCUGUGCCGGCUGUGCUGCUGCCUCUGAUCUGUGUCCUCGUGGUUAUAGUUUACAAGUGCAAACAUUACAAAGCAAAAGGUGAUAAUGCUGUCAUGAACAGAAAUACACUGAAGGAAGAAGGUUUAGAGGAAGUGAUGGGUGCAGCAGAAAGUGAUAUUUAUGGAAACCAAGACGUUGUGAUGUACUCAAAGAAGCAGACCUCCAAACAGCAUGCCCGUAACCACUAUGAUGAUGAAGAUGAUCCAGACUACGAAAACUUCACAACUGAAGAAAUCUACUGUAAUGAAAAUUUCCAUCAAGCCAAUAGAAGAUAAACAGCGUGUGUAUUUGAGGUCAAACUGUGGGUCUCGCCUGUAUAGAGAUUAUCCUGCUUGAUUAGUCUUUAACAUUAACAGCUGCACAACAAAUCUUAAUGUACACUGAUCCAGAAUUCUCACUGCCUCACAGUUGCUGUUCUUUAUACAUUUAUCUAUAUUUAUAGCUUCAUUUAUUGCUCUUUGUUAUUAUUUGUUUAGUGUUAAUAACAUAAUCUGGACUGUUUUUGUGACAUUCUGAAAAACCUCAUAUGCAAAUGACUAACAUGAGUGUAAAAUGACUAAAUAAGCAAAGCAACAUGAAAUAGAAUUUUGGGCCAUAUAUUAAUAAAUUUAACCAUACAUCUUUUUUGAAAUUAAUUGUAUUUUUUUUUAUUUAAUUUUAAUUAAUUUUUGUCUUUUUCAAACAUAA